AUGGCGAGGGCGCGGCACGAAGCGCGCGCUCUGCACCUUCCCGUGCCUGUGGCCGAUCGGCGCGUGGCCUCGAUGGAGACAGGGUGGGUGCCAGUGGAGGUGUACUCUGAGCUCGCCAAAAGCUUUGUAGCAGGGUGGGCAGUGGAGACUUCGGCAAAGGGCUGGCCUGUUGUGGCUGUCUACGAGUUGGACGGGCAUGUCUUCCGCAAAUUCCUCCGACAUUCCUCGUCACGUAUUCGCAAGAUCGAAUUGCCGGCCAAGGGCGUCUGCCAGUUCUACCCUGGGAGUGGUCCGAUGAAGCCUCGUGAGUUCUUGGAAACAGCCCGGCUUUUGAAAUAUUAUCUAAAGGCCGUGGCUGAAGUUGUUGCGAUGGCGAAGCGGACUUCCAUGUGCAGAUGUGAGAUAGAUGGAGAGAAGGCCACAAAGGUGAUGAUCCGAUUGUGCGGUGAGGUGCAGGCUUGGCUUCAGAACGCUGCCGGCAUGCGCGACACGGCUGCAGAGGAGACCGUUGAGCAGGUUUGGCUGAAAGUUCUGGAGGUGUGGUGCCACCUUGCGGGCGAGCACCUUCGUUACAUGCUGAGGUUGGGUUUUGACCCUUCGCUGUUACGGGACUUCCUCGAUGAGAGCCAGUGGCUGGGGUUCGGGGGCCGAGAUCGCCUGUGGCUGCAACGCGACUUGGCAAGAACCUGGGCUGAGUUCCGACUUAGCAAUCGCUCAGAGGACGAAUUCAGUUGA